UUAAAUCAGGGGCCUCCAGAUUAUGAGUCCAGUGUGCUGACCAUUCUUGGAUACUACCUCCCUACAUUUAGUGGUUAUGAAGAGAAGUUGAAUUUAAUUAUUAUCAAGGAAGGCAUUUUUAAUUGCUGAGGAUCAUUUUUUUAUUCCCAUAACCUUUUGUUUGAUGAGUCGAGAAUAUUUUCAGAAGAAUUUGUAUGUGUUUGACUUUAUAUAGGCAUCCCAGCGGGGCUACUCCCUUAUAUAGCCUAUAUGGGUAGAUGUAUGUGCCAGUGGGCAGGGUAUAUAUGGUUUUUGACCUCUCUGUCCUGAAAAGGGUAUAUAAUUUUGUGUGUGUCUGUUAACAGAAUAUUGCCCAGAUGAAUUUUGGUAUACAAAACCAAUGACUGUAACGCGAAUUUGCUCUAUAGCAAUUGCCAAUAAAUGACUUAAAACAAGACGGCAAACAUUUGUCUUUCGUCCUAAACAGGGUAAUAAAAUAGAGGGUGUACUCCUAAACAGGGCAUGAAUUUUAGGAAUUUUUUGUCCUAAACAAGGUCAGGGUUUCAAAGCAUCAGCGGCUCACCUAUACCCAAAUAUGUGUCUAGUGCUUCCCCCACCACCACCAACUGCGAUAAGCAAGAAGAAAAAAACAUUAUCAGCAUUGAUGACACCUUGUUUGAUGCCAGGCCAACUACAAAAAAUUACCAUAAAGCUCUCUUACUUUCAUUUUAUUAUUUUAUGUCUUUUGUUAGAAUGGCAUAUAAGAAUUUGCACUUCUUGUAGCCUGUGCCAGGCUCUUGGAUAGUAGGGACGCUGCGAGAAAUUACAGGGGCACCCAACGACCGUUUUCUGGGAAAUGAUCUGAAAUGGCUCGUUAUGCAUCCUGGAGUGCUUUAAAAGCAAUAUAAAUGAAUAAUUCGCAUCGCUAGAAAAAUUUGAUCUCAGAUACAUGCGAUGCCGAGAACAGUGCUACAAUAGAGUUAUCUGGGUUAUCCCUCCAUCCGUAGUCCUGCUACGAUACUGUCCUGAGUGUCCAUCGACCGAUACACAGGACUGACAGGCGCUAUUCACGCGAUGCGCGCUGAUAUAGCGCUCGCGUACGCGUAACCGGUAAGCCGGGGACCCUCAGAAAAGGGUCGUUGGGUUUUGAAUGAGUUGUGUGAAAUUUUUGCUAAUGAGACUGUCAGCCGGGUUUAAAAAUUUUGCUCUAUUUUUAGUUUACGAAAGCUACGAAAUUUCUAGGUGAUCUAGAGAUUACUACAAAAUCCGAAAUUCUUAGGUGAACAAACCACACAAAUCCCGAAACUCUGAGCCCAACAAACAGUCACCACGAAACAUUUUCGAAAUUUUUAGCUGUUCUUGGGCUCUCGAAAAUUUUAGCCAUUCUAGAGGGCUCCGAACAGAUAGUUCCCCGAAAACGGUCGUUGGGUGCCCCUGAAAUAACACAAGCCAAGCAAAAAUAAGAUGCGCGUGCACACUAUCUUGGAGCCUAGAACAUGCUACAGCUUCUGUUGUUGGCUUAAUAUUAUUAUGGUUGCCUUUAAGCUACCUUAAAAUAAAUGUAAAGUUUAUGUAAACUUGGCUGAACCAAAAAAAAGAGAGAGAUAUCUCAAACCCAGUGCUUUUGACGGUCAUGCUGCUGAAAAGGCUGGACCAAUAACCCACGCUCGAUAUACAUGUAUUAAAAUUCUAACAUGACUCCGAGGCUUUCUGGUCAUUUUUCUAUAUUUGGUUUUGUUUCUUUGUGCUCAAGUCUCCUCUGAGAAUAGCCUGUGUAGCAUGGCGGUUUUGGUUGGGCGCGCUAAGUAAUAUAGGCGGGCGGUCAGGCGGGAGAGGGCUGAGAAAUCGCGAGGAGAUUGGGGAGAGAACAACGGAGACAAUGGAGUCGUGAAAAAUUUGCCGCCUCGGAGUCAUGUUAGAAUUUUAAUCUAUCGAACAUGGGCUAUUCCAAAAAUUUAAGACCCUGUUUACAUGGAGUGGGGGACCCCGGUCUAGUUGGGUAGGUUUCUUUUGUUUUGUGUCCCCCAGAGCGUAAAAACAAAAGAAACCAACCCCACUAGACCAGGGUCCCCCACUCCAUGUAAACAGGCACUAAGUCGUAUCACUCGAUUAUCAAGCUCGGCUCUAACAUCAAAAUAAAGUGAUUUUUCACAAACUGAGACAAAACAUCAAAACACUGAACAUUAAUUAUUUUUACUUGAAAGGAUUAACUUUAAAAUAUUGGUGAACAGAACAGCAGACACUAACAAAUGAUAAACCGUAGUUGAAACGCAAGGUUGAAUUUUGUCAAUUUUAAUAUUUUGUCAUCGCGUGUUCCCCUGAUUGGGCAAUAGGUAGUAAAAUUACGUCUCACCUCAGCAAUCAAGAGUGAAAAGUGCUGAACGAAGGGAAUUGUUGAAUAUUCGUCUUGGCUUGUUGAACAACGAUUCGAUUGAGCUAGAGUUUGUCACAGUUUAUCGUUCAUCGAAAGCAUUUUCCCUUUCGGUUAAGGAGGAACUUAUACAAAACAUACAAGUGGUAAGUAUAAAAAUUUCUAUAAAUCAAUUAAUGAAUACGCGCGCGCACGUAACCUUCAGCGCAGCAUCGCAUCAUUCAUGCAGGAAGUUUGAAGCAACAGAACUCUUUGUUAUCCAAAACAACUCGGCUUUGGCCGUAUAAGUGAUGCUGAUGGUGAUCUCAUGUCACUAGGUUAUGGUGAGAACGGCUUCUUAAGUUGGUUUUCUCUAGACUGCGAACAAUUUCUCAGUCCUAUUUCCGGGAAAGCUUCGGACCCCGGGGGGCUACUCAACAUGUUUUCAAGAGAAGUCCAACCUCUUUGUAAGAAAUUAGGUUCCUUAAUUAAUAUUUACCAUACAUUCAUACAAGUAUCCUAUUACAAAAUUACAAGGUAGGAGAUUAAGCACUGAAGUUUUGUUGAGUUUUUAGAUGAUCUCCGCUUUAUUCUAAAUAGAUGUAAAGCAUAACACACUUCGAAUUCCAGUGUUUUAAGAAACAGUCUAAGUAUGAAAAACUUUUUCUUUAAGAGUAAAUCACAUGCUCUUUGACUUUUUUCUUAAACAUAAUAUACGAACCUAUGUUUCUUAUAUUUGAGGGAUGGUCGUUCCAUAUGAUUGCUCUCUUAAAACCUACAGAAUAUUUGCCAUAAUUUGUUCAUCUAUAUAAGUAAGUCAAAAUGCAUCUCCCCUUAUCCUUUUAUGUCCCAUUUUUGACAUGGAUGAUAACCCUUUCCGUAUACUUUCCAUUCAUUCAUAAAUGGUACGCCUUUCACAUUCCUAGUUUACACAUUUUCUCUUGGUUUCGAACGCUGCAUCCCUUAGUUAACUGCUGUAAACGCUCUGUAUUUUUAAAUAUGAAUGAACCACGUGCACUAAACCAUGAAUUUUCUUGACUUUUUCACAGCCUCAAAAUGCGUCUGCAAAUCAGUUUAGGUAUCCCUUUUUACAGCACGCAAUGACAGAUUUUCUUAUGCUUUUAUAUAUCUUAACUAGUGAAAUCUCCACCCUUUUAUAUGCCUGAUGCCUGACUAAGGUACACCUUUCGGGCGGAGACUCCCGGUGUCGACCAUUAAAGGGAAUAACCCCGCCCCCCCGGGCUUCUGGCAGUCCUAUUAGGUCAUGCUUAGGUAAGGAAGCACCCGCGCGGAGAAACACAAGCGGCUUGUCUCAUUUGUCUUCUCGUCUUAUUACAAUCUGUUUUUGACUGGCUGCAUUCAUUUUCCGAACUUUAAUUGCUAAACGCCAUUAAACAUUUGAAGGAUCUUAGGACAAAAGACGGACUGUAUGCAAGGCAUGUUUUCUUUAAUCGCAGUCUAAUGCUGUUCAAGGCUCCAAGAUAGUGGAGAAAGCGUAUCGAGAAAAGCUGCAGGAAAAACGCGGGGGGAGCUUGGGAGAGACGAGUAAGUGGAGCCUGUAAGCAUUGUUUUCAAUAGUAUACCAACUCCUGGUAUACCCUGUGAUUGGUCAAUUUUGACAGUUUACGUCAUCCAUGUCAGUAGGGACGUAACGAUCUAACGACAUGACCGCAACGAGAAAGUAGAAAAACCAAAAACCAAAAACUUCAAGUCAUUAACACGCAAACAACAACUUAGCAAGUGCAUCACUUUUUUUGGCACAUCAUCUUUGCCGUUUUUGCACGAUUAAGAUAGGAAAAUGUCUUAUAUCGUGAUUUAAGUAGAAGGUAAAUAUGCAACGACGAAAUUUUAUUUCUCUUUCUGAACGGAGAUAGGGUCGCUUGAAAUUCAGCUUCAGGAGAGUUCGCCUAUAUUUGACAAAGUAAGUGGGUCGGAAUAAUUGUGAUUAACACUGAAAAAACGCAAAUUCAGAUUUUAGGGACGUUCUCGUCCCUAAUCGGUUGGCUUCACACGCGCAGAGUGAAAGAACAAACAAAGGGAACGUGUGAAACCCUCCUACACGGCACAUUUUAACAUUUGAUACCUCAUUUUGACACAAUAAACGGUUUUUUUUUCUGGACGUUGGCGGGGCAGUGGGCGAAUUGAAGUAUUUGAAAAGAUGCUUACAGGCUCUCCCGAAUUCUCCCCUCUCCCCAACCCCCUCCCCCUUUGUAAAUUUUUUUCUUUUGCUUUUCCACUGCUCGCUCGCCUUUUUCGCUCGUCUGCACUGAUCGAAAGCCUGGUACAGGCUGGCAGUCUAAUUAAGCAGCGAUAUUGUUAAAGUUAAAGUAAACAAAAUCCCUCAUUGCUUUUUAUGUUUAUCAUCAACAGGUUUCGUGUUGUAUUUCUUAUUCAAAUUUAAACAGUCAAAGAGUUUUAUAUACUUUGCGACAAACACUGAAUUGAUCUUCUCACCGAAUAAAAACCAUAAUAUAAUAUAAUUUGCCUGCAAUAAUUUCGCCCAUGAAUACCCUGAUCUCCGUUAAACUCUUCGGCGUAGUUAAAUUACGUUGUUCUCUUUUUUUUUUCUCUGAAAAGGUACCAGACUGUUCUCCCCUCCGUUACCAAAUGGCCUCUAAAGUUUAUUCGGAAGAACAGCUUAACUAUUUCCGGGUUUGUCACAUAGCCACUGACAUAUUGCCCCCAGCUUUACGACUACUGUUCAAGCAAGAAUGGGAUAAUCGUUACAAGGCAACGUGUGGAGAAUGGAAAGACACGCCUCAAAAUGGAUUGGACUUCAUAAACGGUGAGUCCCCUGCUAAUCAAAGAAAAAAUGCUCGAUUGUUAGCUACGAUGGCUAAUGGAGAUAGAGAAGAAUGGGACUGUACUAUGCUAUUUUAUUCCAUCCUGUUCUCCGAUUCUAUUCAUGGACUAAGUCCAAUGGUUAGAACCAACGUUGAUGAUCUUAGAAAGUUUCGAAAUGAAGACUUCGCUCACAUGACAGAAGGUCAGCUCUCAAAUGCAGACUUCAGCAUCACUGUUGCAAAAGUUGAGACAGCAUUUAGAGCCCUUGGCCCGUCCACUGAUGACAUCCAAACUGUAAGAAAGCAGAAAAGUUUUCCAACCGAUGAGUUGCAAAAUGUGAAGACAAGCAAUCAGAAACUUACUCAAGACCUUCAGACCAAAAAUACGGAACUUCAAGACAAAGCUAUUGAAUUAGAGAAGAAAACAACAGAGCUUUUGCAGAAAGAUGUUCAACUUCAGGAAAAAGAAGUCAAGUUACAAGAAAGGCAUACCGAACUUCAAGAGAAGGAAGCAGAGCUUCAAGAGAACAAAGACAGGUUAAAAAUUACAGAAGAACAGCGCAAGGUCUUUGAAGAGCAACUUCAGCGCGAGGUGGAGCCAUUUUGCGUCCUUCCACCCAAACCUCCCCAUGUGAUGUCAAGUCGCGACUAUGACGUUGCUAGAGUG